CUUUGCUGCUUUUGCAUCGCUUUCAGUGCGGCGUUGCUCCCUUGUCCCUUUGCUCCCAACCCACCACCUCUCCUUCCCUACAGUCACAAAACGCGAUUUCUGUGCCGCCUCCCGAGCCCAGCGCACACAAAGCCUUCCGCCGCCGAUUCCAACCAUGCUGCGACAAAAAGCGCCAUCUCAAGCAAUGAUGCUCGCACCUGCCAUUGCGUCACAAGUCGCUCCAGUGGCAAAGCCGCCACUGGCGACAGCAAGUCAGCUUCCUUCAACCACCAACCUGGGCGCAAUGCGGAUUUCAAAGCCUUUCGUGCCUGUUGGACUGAAGGGCGGAUCAAACGCCUCCCAGACGAACGCACCCGGAUUUAUUCCGAGACAGCUCGGCUCUCGCCCACGCCAGCCCAUUCUGACCGUUAUGGCCGCAACAAUGAUGGGAACCACUGUGGACGAGCUGCACAAGGCCCAUGCACAAGCAUUACGGCAGCAACAGCAGGUGCAAGCGGCCUCCUCUGUCAGCAAAGAACAGCGUUCGUCGACCAAGCGCCGAGCUCCCGUGAGCACGGAUGAGCAAAGCAUCAGCGACAGCGAAAACGAGGACAGCGAGGCAGAGAACGAUGCGGACGAGAGACCGUCCAGAGCAAAACGGCAGCUCAAGCGCGCUCGGCUCGACUCGGACCACGACAGCGGGCGGGACUCGGAGAGCAACGCCUGCUCUGACUCGGACGCGGACAGCAGCUCACAGCGCUCAUCCUGCGCAUCCUCCAGUCAGCAAGAUCGUGACUCUGGAAUUGUUGUGACUGCUUCGAAAGGAGCGGCCAGUGCUGCUCGAGUGCCCUUCACGCCGCGAAGCGCAAACCACCAAUUUCUUGCGUCUGACUGUAAUGCAGGAGGGAUGCUCUCCACGCUUGCUACCAUGACAGUGUCCAUGGAGGCUGCCAGCCAGGCCUUGGCCGAUCAUGAAUCUCGCAUUGGAUCCAUUCUUACCAAGCCCUUCAAAGUGCCUUUGGCAAACGGAGAGAACUACAUCCCGGCACGAGGACUUGGAAUGCGAAAGCCGCUGGUGAGAUGCGCACUCCAUUCUCCAGAUGACGAAGGCGCAUUGGUGCUGUUUGCGCCCGAAAAGACGAGCGCAUUGCCACUCGACCCCAAGACCAAGGAGGUUCAUGUGGUGGUCGACCCGAUGCUGACCAAAGUGUUGCGCCUCCACCAGCGUGAGGGUGUCAAAUUUCUGUACGAUGCUGUCAUGGGCGACAUUGUUGAAGGAUAUCAAGGAUGCAUUAUGGCCGAUGAGAUGGGUCUCGGCAAGACUCUGCAGUGCGUCUCACUCAUCUGGACGCUUUUACGGCAAGGACGCAACGGCAUGCCAACGAUCGAGAAAGCAGUCAUCAUUUGCCCUGCGUCGCUCGUCAAGAACUGGCACAAUGAGCUGCAAAAGUGGCUCCAGGGCAAAGUCCAGUCGUUGCCUGUCGACGGUGGCGACAAGGAAAAGAUUGAAAGCAAUCUCAACAACUUUAUCAAUUGCACGGGACGUCUGCUGAACCAGCCGAUUUUGAUUAUCAGCUACGAGACAUUCCGCAUCCAUGUCGACAUCCUCGCCUCGAAGCCGGUUGGUCUGGUGAUUUGCGACGAGGGUCAUCGCCUCAAGAACGCGCAGAGUCAGACUUUUCAAGCACUCAACCAACUCAAGACCGACCGCCGAGUGCUGUUGUCUGGCACUCCCAUCCAAAACGACCUGACCGAGUACUUUUCCUUGCUCCUCUUUACGAAUCCAGGGUUGCUCGGCACCCAGGCAGAGUUUCGCCGUCGAUUCGAGAAUCCCAUUCUCCGGGGCCGCGAAGCAAGCGCGACAGACAAGGAGAAGGAGAUUGGCACAGAAAAGCUCCAAGAGCUUGCAAAAAUUGUCAACAAGUUUAUCAUUCGCCGUACCAACUCGCUCUUGUCCAAGUAUCUUCCCACGAAGGUCGACCAAGUUGUCUGCAUCAAGCUGUCGCCGCUACAAACGCAGCUGUACGAAGCGCUGAUCAAGUCGAAGGCUGUCAAAAAGCUCAUUGCGAGCAGUGCAAGCGAUGGUCAAACGGCAGCAUCGCUUGGAUCUAUUACGCUGCUCAAGAAGCUGUGUAAUCACCCCGACCUCAUCUACGAAGCUUGCCAAGAAAACUUCCGGGAACUACUGCCCUUGUUUCCUCCAGAGUAUGGUGUCAAGAACAAGCGCGGGCGCACGUUCAACCCAGCCCACUCGGGCAAGUUCCAAGUGCUGGACACCAUGCUCGCCUACGUCAAGUCCACGACGAAUGAUCGUGUCGUUUUGAUCUCCAACUACACACAGACCAUCGACCUGUUUGAAGACUUGGCGCGACUGCGCGGCUACCGCUUUGUUCGUUUGGACGGAACACUGAGCGUCAAGGCGCGACAGAAACUCGUGGACGAGUUUAACAACCCGUCCAGCAAUGUGUUUUUGUUCUUGCUCAGCAGCAAGGCUGGUGGUUGCGGUAUCAAUCUCAUUGGAGGGAAUCGACUGGUUCUUUUCGACCCGGACUGGAACCCGGCCUCCGACGGCCAAGCGAUGGCUCGUGUGUGGCGUGACGGCCAGAAAAAGAAGGUGUAUCUGUAUCGCUUCCUUGGCACGGGCACCAUCGAGGAGAAGAUCUUCCAGCGGCAGGCACACAAGAUGGCGCUCAGCAGCUGCGUUGUGGACGAGGAGGAAAACGUUGAGCGGCACUUUACCAGCGAAAACUUGCGCGACCUCUUUACGCUGAACAACACGACGAGCAGCGACACUCACGACCGAUUCAACUGCGAGCCCUGCAAGCUUGGUACCUCGCGUCGAGCCAUGUUUAUUCGCGCACAGAUGCUCGCCGAGCAGCGCGCCCAAGCUGCUGCUGCUGCAGCUGCUUCUGCAGGUGCCACCAAGAAGAGCAAGCAGAAAAGGCUCAAGGCGAAAAGCCGUGGUCUCUCCGACCUUCGCGAGCAAGAGGACGAGGGCGAGAAUCGCUAUGACGGCGGCGAGAAUGACUCGAAUCACGGCGACGAGGAUGAUGAGGACGAUGAUGACGAGGAUGACGAUGCUUCGGACAGCAAUGCAGCGAAUGCCGGACCGGAAAGCCAAGUGCCCGAUGAAAUGCGGCAUGACAUUUCGCGAUGGAACCACUUUUCCAAUGCCGACCAGCUGGACGACACGAUUUUGAAGAAUUCUUCGAACGGGUACAUUUCGUUCACCUUCCACUGCCAGUUUGGUGUGUAA